AUGGGCGGCGAGCAUGGCUAUGAAGUGACUCCGCGCUAUGCACUCAAGGCCGGCGCCUCACCGUCUGCCGUGUACUACGAGGAUUGGAAGCCGAUGGCCCUCGCCUGCGUGCACGGACACGACGCUGUUGUGCGCCUGUUGCUCGAGCAUGGAAAAACGGGAGUAUCUUUUCCUAAGAGAGAUGAGGACCAUGGAUAUCCUCUCGCUUUAGCGGCUGGUCGUGGCCAUGAAGCCGUGGCCAGGACAUUGCUAGCCCACGGAGCUUCAGCGACUGCUUGCAUAAAGGAAUGGGAUCAGACGCCUCUUAACAUUGCGGCCGACAGAGGUCAUCUAUCAACUGUGAAACUGUUAGUCGAAAACGGUUGUGAGAUUGAUACCCAAGAACCCAGUCGGUUCACGCCGUUUCACAAAGCCGUUAAGCAAGGGCACAUUGAUGUCGUUCGUUACUUGCUACAAAUGGGCGCUGCCUGUGACAGUGCCGCGCGAUGGUUCUAUACACGUUUAUGCGGCGCCGUCUCGAGCGGGCAUCUAGGGAUUAUUGAAUUUCUUCUAGAUCAUGGUGCGAAUCCGAGGCCAAAGGUGCGGGUGACCGUAGAUCAUGGUGGGACUUCGCGGGGACUGGAGGUGUACAAGCUGACUAUUCUACCCUUGGAUCGAGCCGCAGAAGACGGACACCAGGCUGUGGCUGAAAAAUUUCGGGCAGCCAUGGACUUGGAGAGUCUGAUUGCUGCUGGAAAUUCUGGUGACUUUGAUCAGUGGGUGCUUUUCCUACCAUGCGCUGCCUGUGGCUGGGAAGACCUUUUGCGACUCCUCCUUAAGCGAGGCUGCGGGGCAAAUGUGGCUUCAUCGACCAUUGCCUUUGCAUUAUUGUUACAAGAGGAUCCAGAACAAGACACUCACUACGCCAAGCCAUCUGCCUUAUGCUUGGCAGCCCAAAGAGGUCAUCUGCCAGUCGUCGAAUUGUUACUUCAACACAAUAUAGGGCAGUCUGAGAAGCGGAAAGGUAGCCGAUGGGGUAGAAACCUUGCUUUGGAAAUUUCAGCCGGCCACAUUCGCGUUGUGAGAGCCCUUCUGGACCACGAAGCAAAUCCCAAUUACAGAAGGCCAUAUAGCAGCCCGAUCAUAUUUAGCGCGUCACGGCCACCGGAAAUUCUCCAAUUGCUGCUUGACCGGGGUGCUGACCCAUUUGUAACGAGGGAAAUGGGACGGCUCGAAUCUCAUCUCCAGAGUGCUCAGAUGGGGUAA